CCCAAUAAUAAUAAUCCACUAGAUAACGAAAUUGAUAAAUUUUUAGAAGUGUCUGUCAGUGCUUAGUGCUCAAUUUACUCAAGAUUUUGAUAGUUUAUUAGACAUGGCAACUUUACUGGAUAAUUAUGAACAGCAGUAUGCAGUUUUAACAGCUGAAAUUACCUGCAAGAUCGGCAAACUCACGAAGUCAGAUGAAACUGAAAAAAAGAAUAUAAUUUCAGAACUGGAAAAAUCCUUUGAGGAGGCAAAUGAAUUGAUGGAGCAGAUGGAGUUGGAGAUCCGGGAAAUUGAUCCUAGUUUUAGGCCAAGAUUGAAAACACGGGUUGACAGUUAUAAAGCUGAACUAUCCAGAUUGCUGCAAGAUUUCAACUCAGCCAAAAGUAGUCAAUUCAAAUCAGAUGGUUUUUACAAUCAAACUGACAGUUACAAAGAAUUGGGAAAUAUUAGUCUGGAACAGAAACAGCGACUUCUUGAUACGUCUGAAAUAAUCGAACGGACCGGAAAUCAUCUUGCCAAUGGUUACAGGAUUGUUUUGGAGACUGAAGAAAUAGGAAAUGAAGUUCUGCAAAAUUUGAAUAGUCAAAGAGAGACCAUUCAGAAGUCACGGAGCAGAUUGCGCGAGACAAAUGCCAACCUCAACCGGAGCUCCAGAAUAAUGAAUGCCAUGAUAGCUCGAUCUCUACAACACAGAUUUAUUCUCCUUGGGGUGGGAACGAUUUUCUUUUUGACCUGUCUUUAUGGAGUGUACAGAAUCUUCACUAGGAUUUUUUAAUCCUGCCUCUUCCUUCGUGCAAAUUUCCAAUUUAUAGGCAAUUCCAAAGAACAAUUUGUGUAUUAGGAUGGAGAUGAAUGAUUUCUCAGUGAAACCAAUUCGUACCUGUCCUUGAUUGUGGUUCUAUCUAACAUUUAGUUUCUAUCAUUCCGAAUUAGGAUCCUAGGGGUACAUCGCCAAUUCAAACUGUCAUAUCUCUGUGUAGUAUUUCAGUUAUUGAAUGGAUUAAAAUAUUCCAAUGUACAUCAGCAUCUCCUUGUUGAUUUACAGAAAACUACACUAUCUGCUGGCAAUUUUUGUAUUAGAAAAAUUCCAAUCAUUUCAUUUGCAAUUGAUCCUCAUUUUCUAAAAAAAAUUUGGUCCCUUGAAUGAUAGCCGAGAAUGAUUUCUAGUGAUGCUUAUUGUCUCUUAAAAACUCGUUUUUACAUUUCAAGCACCUAUGAAAUUUGAAAAAUAAUUGUUCAAUCUUAGAAACCUGUCUUAGUUACCGUUACUGACCUGUUCAACUACUAAAAGAAAUUUAGAAUGAAGGAGUUUUCUCAUUCCCAAAAAAAUCGAAACUAAGCUGAAAUCUGAUAAUUUUAUUUGGAUAACAUUUUGCAAAGAUGAACCACUAUCUUUGACUCUCCCAUUAAAGCAAAUAUCUGCAUAUGGAAACCAAUCGCAUUUAUGUUGUUUCUAAAAUGGGCCAGAAAUAGUGGUUCCUCAUCGCAAAAUGUAAUCCAUUUGUCACCCUUAUUCCUGCGGUAAAUCCACGCAAUCCCAGUUUUAUUUUCUUUCAUUUAUUGUCUUCUGAAAGGUACCUGAUACAGUCACUUAAAGCUUUCAACACUAUGCAGCGUCUGAAUUUCUAAUAAAGUAUUUAAGUGUGUAGUUAUUUUAAAGUGAAGCUUGCAGCUCCUAUCAUGUCCCAGAAAAUGAUGGAUAAAAUUUUUGAGGAAAUUGAGGCGUUAAUCCUGUCGAUAAGUUUUAGAAGGCUCUUUUUGUUUGCCUCUGUGAAAACAUACAUUAAUUCUUACUUUACUUGAAGCAAUUAUCUCUGUGCCAUAAGAUAAAAACGAUUUUUAACCUUUCUCAAAAGAGAUACUUCCUCCAGGUUAUGAAAGUAACUAUCACCUUUACUACCGAAUCCUUCAUUAAUAUGAUUGAUCGAUUCAAAUUUAAUUUUUUUAUCAUUGAAAAAUGAGUGCACUUGAUUGUACGGCUACAUCACAACCCUGCUUACACAUUAAUCGAAAAGCGUUAUUUUGUUGUCUCAUUUCAUCUCAGUAUUUCUUUUUUUUUAAAUGCAAUUCAUGCAUACUGGUCUCACUGUAGGAGACCUUGACUUUGUUUUGAUUUAUGUCCUCCCCCCUUUUAAUUAGAUUGAUCUUAGAUACUGUACAGUUGAAUGUGUAAAUAUUAGAUCUUGGUGAUUUAUUUAUUGUAUCUGGCUGUCCUCAAAUUCAUCAUUGUUGAAUAAAUCUGUUAUUUUAAGAUAU